AUGGUGCUUGAGCUCUUUCUGGACCUGUACUCACCCCCCUGCCGUGCCAUCUACAUUUUCACCAGGAAGAACAGCAUCCCCUUUGAGAUGCACCCUGUGGAGCUGGCACAGGGGGAGCACCUGAAACCUGAAUUCCUGAAGGUGAACCCCCUGGAGAAGGUGCCUGCCCUCAGGGAUGGGGACUUUCUGGUGGCCGAGAGCGAAUCCAGCUCAGAGGGCUGGGAGCUGGACCAGGGGGCUGCUUUGGGGCUAAAGCUGGGACCUGUGGAUGCUGUGCAGCUGCAGCAGCUGUUGGGGAAGCUGACGCGUGCUUUGCAGCACCCGGAUCAGGAGGUCCUGGCGGCCAGACCCUUCCUGGCCACUGAGCAGGUCUCCCUGACAGAUCUGAUGGCAUUCACAGAGCUGAUGCAGCCCACUGCCGUCGGCUGCGACCUCUUCCAAGACUGGUCCUGGCUUGCUGUGUGGCGAGCCCGUGUGGAGGCCACCCUGGGCCUUGAGCUCAUCCAGGAGGCCCACAGGUGCUGA